GUCAGUUCUUCUUCUUCUUCGGUUACACAUCCGCAAAUAUUCUUUCUUUCUAGGUUCGGGACUCACCAAUAGUUAAGAUGCCAUCCGUAACAUUGAAGGAUGUUGAUCAACACAAGUUUGUCAAGGCAUUCUCGGACUUCUUAAAAAAGACUGGUAAGAUGAAGGUGCCUGACUGGGUUGACAUUGUGAAGAGCGGACGCUACAAGGAGCUGGCUCCCUACGACCAGGAUUGGUACUACACCAGGUGUGCAGCCAUCGUCAGACACAUCUACUUCCGAUCUCCCGUCGGAGUGGGAACCGUCACCAAGAUGUUUGGAGGAAGGAAAAGGAACGGAGUUUGCCCCGCCCACUUCUGCCGCAGUGCUGGGGGAGUGGCCCGCAAGGCUCUACAGUCCCUGGAACAGAUGAAGCUGAUAGAGAAGAGCCCUGACGGUGGCCGCAAGCUCACUGUACAAGGAAGGCGAGACCUGGACCGCAUUGCUGCACAAGUGCGUCAGAAGAAGAAGCAACAACAGCUGUUGUUGGCCCAACAGGCCGGCAUCACUGUGACGGCACCAACGGCACCUCCAGCAGCGGCACCUGCUGCCGAGCAGCCUGCUACUGAAGGCAGCUGGUCAUAGACAGUCAGGGGCUUUUAAUAAAAUUGUUAUAAAAUUAAAUGACUUUUUACGUA